AUGGCAGGUAUAUUUUUACCAAAUGUAAGGAAACAGCGUCAGUAUAGACAUACUCCUCAUGUUCAGCAUCUUGAUGAUGGGGAAAUGCACGAGCGGUAUCGUUUCACAAAUGAUGGCGUAGCAUUUUUGGAGGAUAUCUUGAAUGAUGACAUAAAAAGAGAAACUCACCGGAACAGGGCCCUCAGUGUGCGACAGAUGGUUCUUAUAACCCUUCGGUUCCUCGCCACAGGGGCGUUUUUCAAUGUUGUAGGAGACAGCAUGGGUUACCACAAAUCAACAGUUUCUCGUGUGGUAACCCACGUGACAGAGAUUAUUUGCAAAAACAUGAAACGAUUCAUUGUAUGGCCUUCCGACGAAGAGAAGAAUAGAGUGAAGAGCGGAUUUUUCACAUCGGCAGGCUUCCCUCACGUAGUGGGGUGCGUUGACGGGACACACAUCCGUAUCCAGGCCCCUUCUGUUGAUGAGCCAGCUAAUGUCAACCGAAAAGGCUAUCAUAGUAUCAACAUUCAGGCAGUUUGCGAUCAUGAAGGUUGUUUACAAGUGUCAACGCCAGUUGGCCGGGCUCGUGCCAUGAUGCACACGUGUUCAGGACAUCAGGGCUGUGCAACAGGCUACAACGAGACAAUCAAUGUCUGGAAGAUGAGUUGCUUCUUAUUCGGCUGUUGUUGGACAAACGAUAGCCUAUGUGUUGACAUUUGA